AUGGCAAUGGCUAUGAGAAAACGGAGCGGUUCUGGCUCCAAACGCCAACAUAAAGGAAAACUUGUACCUAUUUAUGAAAGCUUUUUCAAAGGAGAGGAUUUAACACUAGCUCAUCCAAAUUUUUGGAAUGAAUUGUUCUUAAUUAAACCUAUGGUUCCACAUAUUGAAAGUGAAAUUUUACAUAUGACUGCAGAGCAGUUAAAUGCAAGCAGAGAAAAUUUAAAUGCUUUAGUCUGCCAUUGUGUAGAUACAUUAGUUGAUGAACAUCCUUUCAGAGUUGUAUAUGCUUUACAAACUUUAGCAGCUGUUAUUCAGUCCAUGUAUAAAAAAGCUAGUCAAGGUGAUUGUGGAUUUAAUUUAAUAGAUAUCUUAGUAGGAUUUGAUUCUGCAGAACAGAGGAUGACAACAUUAAUGCAACAUUGUAAUAAUUUCUUAACAGGUGAAUACCCUGAUAGUUUAAAAGCUUUGUGCUUGAAAUUGUUGUUAAUUAUUGUAACUGGCAUGGACAAUGUUAGUCAGAACACUUUGUUGGAAUAUGUUAUGCUUAAUAGUGUUUUUGAAUCUCUGGUUCAACUUUUAAGAGAUACAACAGCUAGAAGCCGUCACGGACAUGACGCAGUGUUGCUUUUAACACUUCUAGUCAAUUAUAGAAAGCAUGAAAGGGCAAAUCCUUAUAUUGUUAAGUUAUCGAUUUUAGAUGAUGAAUUAGCUCUUAAUGGCUAUGGGCAAGUUAUAUCAAGUUCAUUGAUGGACUUUUGCAGACAGUUUGUUCAACAAAGAGCAGAAAUACAAGCAUCCUGGUUAUCUUCCUUAACUAGUAUAGUCGGUAGUAUGUUCGUUGGAGAAGAAGAAGCGAAAACGCAACAAGUCCGUGCAAAUAAUGCAUUGUUAUUAGCACUUUAUGAAGCAACACAUUUAAAUCGUAAUUUUGUAACAACUUUGGCAUAUACACAAAGUGAUACUAGUGCACCACCUUCUCCAAAUAAUACAUUGGGACCAAAUGCGGUAGCUCCCGGAACACAACUAUCUGACGUGAUGGCACAGCCAUUUAAUUUACUGGCCACAUUCUUACAGUAUUGUUCAAUAGUUAUGCAGGUGAUCAGAACAGAGGCAAUAAUGAAUAACGUUAAAUUGUGCUUCCUCAUAUUAAGUUGUAUUGCCGAGGAUCAAUAUGCAAACAGUUUAAUGCAUGAUGCAAAUUUGGCAUUUAGAGUACAACUCCAUCGAGUACCAAUGCAUCAUAGAAAGAUACAAGAUAAAGCAGCACCAGCACAACCAUUAGCAGCUACCUUACUUGAUUUACUUGUCGAAUUUGUUACGUCGCAUAUGAUGAAAAAAUUUCCAUUGGAACUUUAUCAUCAAUGUAUUGGAGUUCUACAGAGGUUGCUUUGUUACCAAAAAAGAUGUAGAGUUAGGCUUGGAUAUCAAUGGAGGGAUCUUUGGACUGCACUAAUUAAUUUACUCAAAUUUUUAACAACUCAUGAAAGCCACCUUAUUAAGAAAAUGAAUAUCUUUCCAUUAGCUAUUCAGGUUGUGAAUAUCUUAAAUUUGUUUAUUACGUACGGAGAUACAUUCUUAUCCUCCCCUAGUAGUUAUGACGAAUUAUUUUACGAAAUAAUACGAAUGAGGCUUAUUUUCACAAAUUUGAAUGCAAUGGCUCUCCGUUAUUCAACAAGCGAAUCUUACGAGUAUAAAGAACAUGCAUUAAAAUUGACGAAUUGUUUGGUGAAUAUGAGAGACAUAGUAAAUCAUUUUCCACCAAAAAUAGCAGCGUGGUUAGCUAGUGAAAGUUUGUCCACUCCAACAGAACAACAAAUUUUAGCUAUCAUAAUACAAAAUUAUGAUAGCCUUACUUUAAAAUUGCAAGAUAAUUUAGAUCAAUAUGAAAGAUAUUCUGAGAAACCUAAUCAUGUUGCAUUCUUUGAGGAAAUGGUAACUGGAGUUGUAAUUGAUACUCGAGGAUCGAUAGACUUGAGUACGUUAGACACGCAGGCUAUAUUACAAGAACUAUCGAAUAUUUCGUAACAUAGGUUCUACGUAAAACGUGAAUCAAAUACUGUGUGUCAUUCUGUUGUCAUGUAUUAUAAUGUAUUUUUUUUAAUAAAAUCAGCUUUAUAUGUAUGUUCUUAAUAUCACAAAGAACGUAUAGCUAGUUACGAAAGUAACACAUCGUAGUGUGUUCGAUCGUUGCGCCAUAUUUCUAUGGAUUGUGUAUACAAGAUUAAAAAAGAUCAUUAAAAUUUAAUAAGUAUA